AACUUAGCCAAGAUCUGUUGCCAAAAUUCACAAAUAGUGAUCUGUGGAUUUAUUUCCUACUCAAAUCAGACAAGCACAAGUCACAGAUUAGUCUGUGCAUUAGUGUGUCAUGAUUAGUCACAGAAUAGUAUGUAGUCUGUGAGUCUGUGUCACAGAUCACAAAGGUUACUCUGUGCUCUGUGGCACAAGUUGUCUGGUCUGUGCCUAACAAUCUUAUUUAUUUUUUAUCCCACAUUUUAUCUUGUUUAUCUUUUUGACAAAGUACUUGUGCCUUGUGUCUGAUUUGAUUAUGCUGAAAGUGCAAAAAAUAAAUUUGGUACUACAUAAAAAUGCUCCGUUCCCCUUAGUUAAAACCUACAGUUCUUGGUCAAAAUGAGCAAUAAUUUCAGGAAAGUUUUGAACGAAUCUUGUUCACUAUUGGACACCUAUAAAGGAAGAGAUAAGAUUAUUAGGACAUUAUGCUAUCUAUCCCGUUUAUUUGGAGAACUGCAAUCCAACCCGGAAAUCCAACAGAAAUGCAAUACUUUCAGUACACAAAUGUCGGCCACCAGAACCACGUUAAGGCUCUUGGACGAUCUACUUGUAUUAAGAAGCACUUUAGAUUAUAAAUUCGGACAGAAUGAAGCAGAUAAAUAUAUGGCAGUGAUGGUGGUCAUGUCCAAUAUUACAGAUCACAUAUAUCUUUCCCUUGAAAAGUUUUCAUGGCUUGCCAAGCAUAAGCUAUUAACUGGAAUUGAUAAUACAAAAUGGGACACUGCCAGUUCAGCAUGCUGGGUGUUCACUUCAUACGUAUCUAUUUUAAAAUUUCUUUUCAUGAUGGAGAGCCACAAGAGCUGCCUCGGCCAAGUUAAAAACAUAUCAGACGAAAAGUUGAGACUACUCAAAUGGUUUCAUAUCUGGACCGUGUGUAGGUCCCUCCUGGACUUCACGCAUGCAGUUAACACUCUACCACCAGGAUUUUUAUGGUCUUCAAAACUGAGUUCUCGCUUCAUAAGUCUGAUCGGGUCAAGCUCCUCACUGAUUGGACUGUAUUUAAUUAUUUACAAGAAAUGCUUGACGUAAUUACGAAUAAUAUCGGGUUCUAGACAAGUAUUUAUAAAAUAAAAUAUUGUAAAAGGGA